AUGGCUGCUGAACGACCAGCCUCGAGUACUUCCUCAUGGUUUGCUUUGCCCUCCUGCAAAAUAGCGUCUAGCUCUUCAACACCCUUGCCCUCUCAACGGAACGGGACCAACAGCCUGCAUCAUGUACCAAAAAUUGGUCAGUCAUCACAACCUCUUCUCAAAGAUCAAUCACUAGGAGAGACAUGCACUUACCCUUGCAACAGGGCCGAGCGCCUGGACGGUAUCAACGCUAAAUCCCGGCUGCCACGAAGCGUGCAAGCGGUGUAUUUGCGGCCUCUCCGACGGAAAGCCGAAUAUGGAUUGCCGGUUUGCGACCUUCAACUUCGAUCGUAUAGCGUUCGAAAUGUGGAGUUCUUCGCUGAUUUCGCUGUGCGUGCUGCCUAUUACUUAAAACUUCCUGUCUCCGGGCCUGUGCCUCUACCACGCAUCGUUGAACGUUGGACAUUCCCUCGAAGCAAUUUCGUGCACAAGAAGAGCCAGGAAAAUUUUGAGCGGAUCACUCUUCGCCGACUGAUUCAAAUCAAGGAUGGUAGCCCUCAGGUUGUGCAGACGUGGUUGGCAUUUUUACGAAAGCAUGCUUUAUAUGGAGUGGGUAUGAAAGCUAAUGUUUGGGAACACGAGAGCCUUGACGUGUUCAAGAAUAUAGAUAACGCAGUCCCUGAGGUUGAAGGGUCCCUCGAGCCUCAUCUAUCACACUUCGGUCAGCGGGGAGGUGAAGGGACGCAGAGUCCGAUACCUGAUCUUCUGGGCGACAUGCGACUUCCUAAACACAGAAGUCCACUAAGCAGCGUCCGCGAAGGCUGA